AUGUUUAUCCCUUUAUUCCCUAGCGAGCUCCAUCUAAUCUUCAUCCAAGCCUAUUUCCAUAGCCUGGCUAUGUCAGGAAAUGAUUGGCCACCAUGGGAAAGAUUUAGCGAUUGGGUGCAUUCAAUAUGUGUAGUCACGUUCGAUUUGGAACUUGGACAGGCUUUAGAGGUCAUUUACCCUGGAGAUGCCGUGCUGAGCAAUCAGGAAAAAACAAAUAUUUGCUAUUUGGCUUUCCCAGAUUCUAAUAGUGGGAAUACCAAGGACACUAAUUUCCACUUCCGAAUCAGAAGAAGCACAACAGAAAUUACCCCUGCUCAGCGGACGUUGCUGGAGCGAUCAUCUCCGUCGGCAUCGUUUGAUCCCAGCUAUCUAUUCGGCUUUGUACAUUUUCGUCAACAAAAAGAUCCAUCCAUUCAACGAGGUUACUAUCAGAAGAGUUUGGUGCUGGUUACGUUACUUCCCUUUUUCAAUCUUUUCUCUACUGUGAUAGAACGGAUAGCAUUGCAAUUUUUUGAAAAUGGUGAACCUGCCAUCGAAGCUGCAUGCCAUGAUAUGGAUCAGUGGCCGUCACCAUGUGCUGGGGAACCACUAUCAUUGCCACUUCUCGGAUCUCUACUUAGGAUACGCAUUCCUUGUCAAGCUGACUUGCCCAUAGAUUUUCGUAUGAUCCCUCCGUUACAGGAAGUCAACGGUAGCAAUUUGGUGACGAUAUCAUCAGUCCAUCAAGUCGAUAUGUAUAAGGCGCUGCACACAGUUGUUACUCAUCUGCAAUUGCUAUGGGAGCUGGUGUUGAUUGGUGAACCCCUUCUUGUGAUGGCAAACACACCGCAGCGAUGUUCUUCGAUCGUUCAGGCUCUUGUUUCUCUUAUCGCUCCACUGCGUUACCACAACGAUUAUCGACCUUUCUUCACCAUUCACGAUUCUGAAUUCAAGGAAUACUCGUCAAAGAGUCGAGCACCUCCGCGAGUGAUUUUGGGAGUAACGAAUCCGUUUUUCAUCAAGGCACUUGAUCACUGGCCGCAUAUUCUGAAAGUCGGUGAGGUGGUCGAAGGCAGCGACACUCCAGAAAAAGAAGAGAAGAGGAGGAAAAAUUGGGACGGUCGAACGCUCGACACUAAACCAGGGAUAUAUACACAGUACAAGUCAUAUCUUAACAAGGAUAAGAGUGUCGCUAAAAAGCUGCUCAAGGGAGAUCGACCAUCAGAGGUACAAUGCAAUAUAUUGCGCAGACAUUUCCUAGAAUUGACACAGAGUUUCAUGAUACCCCUCGAGCGUUAUUUAUCUUCCUUGAUGCCAUUGCGCAAGGAAAUGUCACCAUUCAAGGCUAUACCAAGCGCUCGUCCAUUCUCUAUAGAUGACUUUUUGCUGACAUUAGAUGGCUCCGGACCGUCGCUGACUUGUGGCAUCAAGGGUGAUUGGCAUGGUCUUUACCGCCGGUUUGUAAGCAGCGCAAACUUCGUUGGAUGGCUGGCGAAUCGUAAUAAGGACGUCAAUGCGCAGUUGAAAGCACAGUAUGUAGAAGCGUUGUGCUCUGCUGAUUUAGGAUCGAAAGUAUUGGCUACAAAACAUCACGUAGAAAUAGUUGAUCUGGUACUGAGAGUUCGGCAACGAAUAGUAGAACUGGAAGAAGCGAAUGAGAAGCGGCAUCAGUUGGUCCGUCAAAUCAUCUCGAUAUUGUCUGGAGUUGACGAAGAGUUGAAGCAAGUGUUAAUGUCUAAUUGUUCAUUGCGCGAAAUUGUAUCAUAGCGUCGUUAGUCUACACUCUAUUAUAUU